AUGGGAUGGUGCUUCCACGUCACUAUGAAGUCGCCUCUGGCAAUGCGGUCUGAGCACAUUCUCAUGCCCAGUACCCCUCGCAAGACUUGUCUCAUUGCCAUGCUGAUGGGAGCACCAUCGCAAGGCGUCACCUGCUCUGAUCAAUGCCACUUCUUCUCGCCCCCCCUUUCCCCCUUCCCCCCCAGCAGUCUCUGUUUCCAUCCACAAAGCAAAACCGCUUUUCUCUCUGCCGCCAUCCUUCCCGACCAACAGUUCAACAGCAAUGACUAUCUCGCAAUGACUAUCUCGCGCCUUCCCACUCACAGCCAAACCUCGUCCAGAAAUCUCCGAACACAGUAG